CACACGUGUGUUUUGGAGCGGCGGUCCAGACGCUGUCAGAGUUAAACAUGGAAAACGCACUCACCCUCGGAGAAGAGGAGGACUAUAAGAUCUUUCUCGCUUCCCAUACGCCAGCUCUAAAGGCCGCCGGCAUUCCUCCAAUAUACUGGAGGAGUUUGCACUAUAAGCUUUCGAGAGAGGUGUUUGAUGCGGGGGAAGUGUUUGGAGUGAUGCGCGAGGAGGAGGAGGAGGAGGAGGCGGCUUUGCAAAGCAGAUCAAACCGCGAUGCUGUUUCUUACAAAGUUAUUGUCACCCGAGAGAGCGGGCUGCAGGCGUGCGAUCCGGCCAGUGUUUACCUCGUGGACCACGCAUGGACGUAUCGGGUGGAGAACGCCAGGCAGCAGCUGCAGGAGAUCCCAGGUCUGCUGGGUCGCAUGGCCGCUUUGAUGGGCCUGCCAUUCCACGGGGAGGUUCCUGACGCCGAAACGGUGGACCUGGUGCUCGACAACAUGUGGAAAUUCAACCAGACCUACCAGCUGUCACAGGGGUCUGCAGAAGAGAAAGUGCCCGUCUGGUAUAUCAUGGAUGAGUUUGGCUCGCAGGUGCUGCACUCUUCUCGGCCGUCCUGCUGUAUGGCCCCUUUAUUCUACGCCCCUCAGCAGAUAGCUUACACAGUGCUCUGGCCUCUUCAGGACUUGGAGCAUGGAGAUGAGGUGACCAGGGAUUACACUUAUGGGGAGCCUGAUUCACUGGUGAGGAAAUGUCGACUCUUGCCCUGGCUGCCUGCCGACCUGGAAGCAGUAAGCGAUGAGACUCCGGAGCCCCCUGACCUGUAUUAUGAGACCAUAUUACACGAGAACAAAGAGAAACUCCCUGCCAACAUCCCGGCCUGCACAGCGCCAGCGGGCAAAGUUCUGAAGGUGUACACGGAGACAAAGCAGGUUUUCGACCAUUUGAAGCAUCCAUGCUUCCAGUUCACUGAAAAUGAAGAUGAGGCUGACAUACUCUGGAUGUAUUCUCAUAUUCGUGACUACAGGAAACUGAGCAUGGAACGACCUCACAUCCUGCUCAACCAAUUCCCCUGUGAGACAGUUCUGACCACGAAGGACUGCCUAGCAUCGGUGUCCCGCAGAGCCAGGCUGGGUCAGGGGCCUCCGUGGCUUCCUAGGACCUUUAACCUCCAAACAGAGCUUCCACAGUUCAUCAGGCAUUACCAGCAGAGACAGGAGAGAGGAGAAGAUAACCACUGGAUCUGUAAGCCUUGGAACCUGGCCCGGGCUUUGGAUACACACAUCACCAGCAACCUCGACUACAUCAUCCGACAGAGAGAGAGCACCCCGAAGGUGGUCUGUAAGUACUUGGAGGAUCCUGUGUUGUUUGACCGAGAGGAGAUUGGCCUGGUGAAGUUUGACAUCCGCUACAUGGUGCUGCUACGCUCGGUGCAGCCGCUGUGCCUCUACGCCUACCACGUGUUCUGGCUACGCUUUGCCAACAGGCCUUUCUCUCUCGAUCUUUUCGAUGAUUACCAAAAGCACUUCACCGUGAUGAACUACGCUGAAGGCGCUCAGCUGAAGCAGGUGCACUAUGAUGAGUUCAUUCCCAUGUUUGAAAAGCAGUACCCACAGUAUCCAUGGAAACAGGUGGAGAGGGAUAUCUUCAAGGCAUUCUCUGAGCUUUUCCAGGCAGCUUCAUCCAGGCCUGCCCCAUAUGGAAUCUGUCCUUACCCUUCCUCCAGAGCAAUAUACGCCAUUGACCUCAUGCUGAAAUGGGAGAAAAGUGAAGAAGGUGAGCGUGUGAUGCAACCUCAGAUCCUAGAGGUGAAUUUCAAUCCGGACUGCGCCCGUGCCUGCCUCUACCACCCCAGCUUCUACGACCACAUGUUCCAGACGCUGUUCCUUGACCAGGCGCACCAGUGUCCAGUCACCCAGAUCAUAUAAUUCAGUCUGUAUUUCACUGGCCACUGAAAGAUAAGUGAUGCAAAGACAAUAAACUUGACAUGGUGGUUCAGAAUGACUUUUUUGUCUACAAAAGCAAAAAUCAUGCAGAGAUUUAAAAACGGCAUCCAAGAGGGAGAUUGAUGUUCUUUUUUCUCCUCAACCUUUCACAACAUAUCAGGUUUCCACCUCUAAUAACAAACUUGCAGUUCUACAUAAGCAAGGGCACAUGUCUGUCUGUCUUGCUGAUGAAGUCCAUGCAGUUAAAUUUCACCUGAUUUGCAUGGAAAUGGAGGAGACACAUGAUUAUAACCUUAUUUAAUGCAGAAUUAACAAAUUUCUAUCUAUCUUGGUGGAAGAUGAAAGUGUUUCUGUGUCUAAAAAGAAAUAGUGAGUCAAGGGAAAUGAGUUUACAGAGUGACCUUGAAGAAUUUACAUUACAGAAGAGUGAACACUCCAUGAACUUGCACUCCAAUAUGAACACACAAUAGUGUUCCUUCUGAUGGCAUAUAUGAUAAUUACUUUGCUUGCUUAUAAACUGUUUUUAUUGGUUAAUUGUUUCCUAUUAUUAACAUAAUUACCCUCUAACAAACUACAGUACAGAUGGCAGCAUUCCACAUAGAUACAUGUCCAUAUUAUAUUGUCAUUGAUAAAUUAGCUUCUUUCUUUCAUCACGGCAGAACAUCUGUAUAUCCAUUCAAUACAAUUAGAUUCAAUACAAGGUAGAUACAAGGAGAACCAACCAAACAGCUAUAUGAAAUCAGAUCAGAUCCAUGUCAGACCCAUGUCUUUGGGUGGAGUCAAUUCAGACCCAUGUCAGACUCAUGUCUUUGGGUGGAGUCAGAUCUUCAUUUCGUCCAUUUUGGCCAAUUAUGUCAACUUCAUGUACUAGGCUUUUCACACCUGCCUGUCUUGCUAGAUGCAGAGAAAGAAACUCUCAUAAUUUUGACUCACACAUACAGAGAAUUACUAAAGGAAACCUGUGACUGUACAAACACAUAAUAGAUGAGGAAGUGGUAACCAUGUUGUAGCAUUAUUAACAAUUGUUAGUGUGUUUAUUACACUCUUCAGCACAAGACAUUUAAAUGAACUAUAACCUAAUCAUUUCAGAACUGCUUUCGUACAAAAUUUGGUUCUAACGCAAAUCCAACAUACCCAGUUCAGCCCACUAAUAUCUUCAAGCAUUUUUAAUUACCUACAUCAUGAGAAUCUCCUUUCCAUGCAUUUUUGAUUCAGGAUUUGCAACUCUGGUGAUAAUGGUGUUUUUCCCGUAGUAGUGUAAAAAAGAGGACUAGUAAAAGAUAAAAGGGGGGGAUAGUGAUUGGUUCAUGGUACCUCCCCUAGUGAUAAGAGUAUGGAUAAAAGACCCCAGGCUUAAUGGAAUCAGUUAUUCUCCAGGCAACUCAUUAUAUUGUGUGCCUUUGAUGGUAUUUAUGAUGGUGGUGUUUUUAUAACUUCAAAGUUAUAAAAUCAAAUAAAGAUGCAUACUCAAGAAUUA